UAAAUACGUUCGUUUCCAACUGCGAUUAUCAGAAAUUCUACGCAAGGAUGCAGUUACCUAACCGGUUGCUAGUUGUCUUAUGCGCUGCAGCUUUAUGCGGGACAGUUCUUGUGUGUGGCAAACAUGUCUCCGAAACCGCUGGCAGCCCUAACAAAGCCCGGUAUGAUCAGUUCCGAAUUUAUCGUGUGUUUCUGGAAACCGACGAACAGGUUCAGUUGAUGCAACAAGUGGAGAACCGUAGCGACAGCUACACCUUUAUGGGCCAUGCACGCCAUGCGAAUCAGAAUCUUACAAUCAUGGUGGCACCUCAGAAGAUUGCAGAGAUAAGCGAUCUGCUCGAGCGAUACAGCAUCCAGGGUUCAGUGUUGUUGUACAACAUUCAAGAGCUAAUUGAUCAGGAAGAACCUACAGUUGCUCCGGUUGAUGUGGAUCCAGAACAGUUUGAUUGGAAACAUUACUACCACUUGGAGACUAUUCACAAGUGGUUAGAUUUGCAAGCUGCAAAGUAUCCUUUCGUAACGGUUAUACCGCUGCAGACUAGCUACGAGAACAAUCUAAUCAAGGGUAUAAAGCUAUCGAAAAAGGCAGGGAAUACGGCUGUUUUCGUUGAAUGCGGUAUCCAUGCGAGAGAGUGGAUUUCACCAGCCGUCUGCACGUAUUUGCUGAACCAAUUGCUUACGUCGGAAGACCCGGCGGUCAGAGAUUUGGCCGAAAGUUUCGAUUGGUUCUUUUUCCCGGUUGUUAACCCGGAUGGGUACAAGUAUACGUUCGAGUCGGACCGUUUGUGGCGCAAAAAUCGGCGCCCUUAUGGUAUGUGCCGCGGGGUUGACCUCAACCGUAACUUCGAAAGCGAUUGGAAUGGCAUCGGAGCCAGUUCGGAUCCAUGUGCUUACGAUUUUGCUGGAGCUAGUGCUGCAAGUGAACCGGAAACCCAAGUGAUUCAGCAGUUUCUACGGGAAAGCGCUCGAUCUAGUCGAAUUCGUACCUACUUCUCGAUGCACUCCUUUUCACAGCUUAUCAUGUUUCCUUACGGUUACACGUCCGAUAAGGUGCAGAAUUACGACGAUUUAAAGACGAUCGGGGAACGAGGUUCGGAAGCGAUUCGGCGGACGCAUGGAAAGGAAUACGUUUCGGGGGCGAUGAUCGAAACGAUUUAUCCCUCAUCGGGCGAUAGCGUUGACUGGGUGUUUGCCGAAUGUGACGUUCCGGUGGCUUUUACGUUCGAACUGCGUGGACCGCCGGAGAGUACGAAUAUGUUUAUCCUACCAGCCGAAGAGAUUAUCCCCACCGGUGAAGAAACACUUGCUGCGUACGUAGCAAUGUUAAAUGAAGCACGUGAUUUAGGUUACUAUUCCGAACCGAAAGGGGAACUGUGAUAGCAAUAAAAGUGAGCAGUAAUUUGUGAAGUUUCGUUAUUUGUAUAACAUUUUCUAAAGACUUUUUACGGUUAUGUCGGCGUUCACAAAUCAAGAACGAAAAGUGAGCUUGCUUCUUAAAUAAGUAAUAGAUAAUAUAAUAUUACAUAACACGAUAGUAAUGCGAUGGGUUAAAUACAUUUCAGUACUGUUUUAUUUCAUCGUAAAC